AUGGUCGCCGAAAAAGCCCCAUCCGUUGCGUCGAGCAAUGGCACCCUCGGAGCCAAAUCCGUUCAGUCUCGCAAGCGCGUCGCAGAAGCCAUCGCCGAGCAGGAAUGGCCCAAGAAGCCCCGCAUCGACGCCAAAACCGAUCGCACAAAAUGGAGGAUGAAGGACGAGGACGGUCGACACACCUGGAAGUACCUGGAAGGCGACGAUGCCGCAAAGGACUGGCCCCAGACCUACGCCGACAAGUACUACUUGGGUCUUCCUCUUGACCUCCCAAUUCUUCCCGAACCCGAAAAACCUCUCGAUGCGACACGCAAUGGCCUCGAAUUCGUCGAAAAGCUCCAACUCCCCUACGGCGACUGGGGUUGCGAAUACGGCGGGCCCAUGUUCCUCCUGCCAAGUGCCGUUAUCGCCUGGUAUGUCACCAAGACGCCCAUCUCAUCCGCCUUCGCAACCGAGAUCAAGAACUAUCUCUUCGCCCGCGCACAUCCUGAGUUGGGCGGUUGGGGUCUUCAUACCGAAGGUAUCAGCACCGUCUUCGGCACCUCCAUGAACUACACAACCUUGCGCCUCAUUGGUGUCGAUGCAGAAGAGCCCAUCAUGGUCAAGGCCAGAGCUAGACUCCAUGAGCUCGGCGGCGCAACGCAAGGGCCGCACUGGGCCAAGUGGUGGCUCGCAGUCUUGGGAGUUGUAGAUUGGGAGAUUGUCAACCCUGUUCCUCCCGAGAUCUGGUUGCUGCCAGACUGGGUCCCUAUCGCCCCUUGGCGGUGGUGGGUUCACAUUCGCCAAGUCUUCCUACCAAUGUCCUACGUAUACUCCAAGCGCUGGACUUGUGAAGAGACUGAAGUCAUUCGAGACCUCAAGAAGGAGCUCUUCCCCGAGAACUGGGCAUCCAUCAACUGGAAAGCGAACCGCAACAGCAUUGCACAGGUCGACAACUACAACCCCAAGUCCUGGCUGCUCAACACGGUGAACUGGUGCCUGGUCAACAUCUGGAACCCUUAUUUGCGAACAAAUUGGAUCAAGGAGAGAGCUGAAGCUUGGACCAGCGACUUGGUUGACAUGGAGGAUGCCAACACGGACUACCUGGGUCUGGCACCAGUCAACGGUCCCAUGAACCACAUUGUCUGCUACAUUCGAGACGGGCCAGGGUCCUACACCGUCCGUCGACACGCCGACAGAAUCAUGGACUCCCUAUGGGUCAAUGCAGAGGGCAUGCUGGGCAACGGCACCAACGGCGUCCAAUGCUGGGACACCGCCUUCAUGAUCCAGUCGGUCGUCGCUGCUGGUCUCGAGACUGAUGAUCGUUGGCGUCCCAUGCUGGAGAAGGCCCUUGGCUUCCUCGACAGGCAGCAGAUUCGUGAAAACUGUAAAGACUCGGAUAAGUGCUACCGCCAGCAGCGCAAGGGCGGCUGGCCUUUCAGCAACAGAGAACAAGGCUACGCUGUCAGUGACUGCAUUUCGGAGGCGCUCAAGGCCGUCAUCUUGCUGCAGAAGACCGAGGGCUACCCCCAGCUUCUCGAUGACCAGCGUAUCUUUGAUGCCAUCGACUCCAUUCUCCUUUACCAAAACGAGACCGGAGGCGUGGGCUCAUACGAACAGCGUCGCGGAGGCGAGUACAUGGAGUUGCUCAAUGCCGCCGAGGUCUUUGGCCGCAUCAUGAUCGAGUACGACUACCCCGAAUGCACUACUGCCUGCGUCACGGUCUUGUCGCUCUUCCAGAAACACUGGCCCGACUACCGCAAGGAUGACAUCCGCAUCUUUGUCAAGCGUGCUGUGAACUGGAUCCGUUCCCACCAGAACAUUGAUGGUUCUUGGUACGGAAGCUGGGGCAUCUGCUUCACCUAUGCGGGUAUGUUUGCGUUGGAGAGCCUGGCCUUUGCAGGAGACACCUACAGCACUAGCAAAGUCUCCCGGAGGGGUUGUGACUUUUUUAUUUCCAAGCAGAGAGAGGAUGGCGGAUGGUCCGAGAGCUACAAGGCUUCCGAGACAAUGGAGUAUCACGAACACCCGAGAGGAUCCCUAGUAGUGCAGACCGCUUGGGCACUGAUCGGCCUCAUGGAGGCUGAGUACCCUCACAUGGAGCCCCUUCGAAAGGGUAUCCAGUUCCUCAUGGACCGCCAGCAAGCCAAUGGUGAAUGGCUCCAGGAGACGAUGGAGGGCGUUUUCAACAAGAGUUGCACGAUUGCGUAUCCCAACUACAAAUUCACGUUCCCGAUCAAGGCACUCGGUAUGUUUGCCCGCAAGUAUCCAGAUGAGAAGAUCACCCCUGGCAUCAGCGAUAAGGGGGACUUGUAG